AUCGAUGAGAAGAUCAGUGCACGGUACCAGCAGGUGAUGAAGGAGUGGAAGGCCUGUGAGGUGAUAGUCAAGCAGAGAGAGAAGGAGAUGCAGUCUGCCAUCUUUGCUAAGCUGUCUUCAGGAAGCAGCAUAGACAGCCACGUCCUCCGGCUCAUACACAGAGACUCCACUCUCAGCAACGAGGUGGGUGACACAGAUUGAUUGGUUGGCUGAUUGGUUGAUUGGCGGGUUGGUUGGCAGGCUGGUUGGCGGGUUGGUUGGUGGGUUGAUUCGGUUGAUCAAUUGGUUGGUAACCCAUCUCUACUACCACCUCUCUCCUGUCUCUACCCCUCCUCCUCCCCCCUCCUCCUCCUCCUCCCCCUCCUCCCUCCCCCCCCCCUCCUCCUCUCCUCUCCUCUCCUCUCCUCCCUCCUCCCCCUCCUCUCCUCCCUCCUCCUCCUCCUCCCCCCUCCUCUCCUGUCCUCCCUCUUCUCCUCUCUCCUCCUCCUUCCUCUCCUUCCUCCUCCCCCCUCCUCCCAGGUGUUCAUGUCAGUAGAUGAGCCCGACGCGGGGGGGCAGGAUACCCCAGGGGGGGGCAGAGGAGACACCCCCGGCCACUCCACAGUGGUCCCCCCCGCAACCGGAGGGGCACUAGCUCCUGAUGAGCGCCCCCUAGUGGAGUUUGACUCCCCUGACUCCGGCCUCCCGUCCUCCCGGAACUACUCUGUCACCUCCGGGCACUCUCAGAUUCUCUCCUCUAUCGACGAUGGACAGAGCACGGAGGAGGAGGCCCGGACACACACACCUCCCACUGUGAGAUGGAGGAGCAGGGCCGGACACACACACACUCCCACUGUGAGAUGGAGGAGCAGGGCCGACAGGAUUCGUUGAGUGAGGAGAGGCUGUGCAGUCAGCUGGAUAAGUUGAUGCCCAAUGGGAAUGGAGGAGCGGAGGGGAUGCCUUCACUGUCCUCCUAUACGGUAGGUACUGGACACACCCACACACACACACACACCCACACACACACACACACACACACACACACACAACACACACACACACACACACACAUACACCACACACACACACAUAUAUUCAAAAAAUGCUCCCUACACUCACAGGGAGCAUCAUUGAAUUGCAUAUCCAAACACAGAUCACAUUUGAAUACUGUGUCUUGUAUAACAAUUCUAGUACUUUUCUGAAUACGGGUGCUUGAGAAAGGCUGAGUACGGUUCGGGAGACUGGUCUGAGUACGGGUCUGAAUACGGUUCUGUAAGACGGUUCUGAGGAACUGGUCUGAGACUGUUGCUGGAGACUGGGGCUGUAUACUGUUGGGAAGCGGGCGGAAUACGGUGCUGAAUAGUGUGCGUAUACAGGUUUCUGAGACUGGUGGCGGUAGACGGGUGCGAAGACCUGUUCUGAGGACGGGGGCGGGAGAACUGUGCGGAAUACUGUUUCGUAAUACGGUCGGAAACGGGUGCUGGAUACUUUCGAAUACGGGUCUGAGGACGGUGCUGAAUACUGUGCUGUAGACUGUGCUGACUACUGUCGGAUCGGUCUGGCUACUGUUUCUCUGUAGGCUGUUCUGAGUACACUGUUUCUGAAACUGUUCUGUAUACUGUUCUGAAUACUGUUCUGAGAUACUGUUCUGUAUACUGUUCUGUAUACUGUUCUGUAUACUGUUCUGAAUACUGUUCUGUAAUACUGUUCUGAAUACUGUUCUGAGUACUGUUCUGAAUACUGUUUCUUUAACUGUUCUGAAUAACUGUUUCUGUAUCACUGUUUCUCUGUUCUGAUAUUUGUGCUGCUUAUACUGUUUCGGUAUACUGUUUCUGUAUCUGUUUCUGUCUACUGUUCUGUAUACGUUCUGUGUAACGUUCUCUGAUUACUGUUUCUGAGUACGGUUCUAAUACUGUUUCUGAUUACUGUUAUGUGUAACUGUUCUGAGUACUGUUUUUCCGAGGAAGGUCUGAAUACUGUUCUGAAUACUGUUCUGUAUACUUUUUUCUGUAGCUGUGUCUAAUCCUGUUCUGUAUAUACGUUUCUGAAUACUGUUCUGUAUGCUGUUCUGAAUACUGUUCUGUAUACUGUUCUGUAUACUGUUCUGAAUACUGUUCUGUAUACUGUUCUGUAUACUGUUCCUGAUCUGUUUCUGUAGACUGUUCUGAAUACUGUUCUAUACCUGUUCUGUAUACUGACUGUGCUGACUACUGUUUCGUAUACGUUCUGUAUACUGUUUGCUGAAUAACUGUUCGGUAUACUUUUCUGAUACUGUUCUGUAAUACUGUUCUGAAAUACUGUUCUGAGUACUGUUCUGAAUACUGUUCUGUAUACUGUUCUGAAUACUGUUCUGUAUACUGUUCUGUAUACUGUUCUGUAUGCUGUUCUGAGUACUGUUCUGAAUACUGUUCUGAGUACUGUUCUGAAUACUGUUCUGUAUACUGUUCUGAAUACUGUUCUGUACACUGUUCUGUAUACUGUUCUGUAUACUGUUCUGAGUACUGUUCUGAAUACUGUUCUGUAUCUGUUUGAAUACUGUUUCUGAGUACUGUUUCUUAUCCUGUUUCUGUAUACUGUUUCUCUUGUUCUGAUACGGUUCUGUAUCCUGUUCUGUAAUCUGUUUUCGAGUACUGUUCUGAUAUUGUUUCUGUAUACUGUUCUGAGUACUGUUCUGUAUACUGUUCUGUAUACUGUUCUGAAUACUGUUCUGUAUACUGUUCUGUAUACUGUUCUGAAUACUGUUCUGAAUAUUGUUCUGUAUACUGUUCUGAAUACUGUUCUGUAUACUGUUCUGAAUACUGUUCUGUAUACUGUUCUGUAUACUGUUCUAUAAAGGCAACUUUACUACAUUUAUAUUUACACUUUACUACAUUUAUAUUUACAAUUUAAUUGAAGUGUGUGUGUGUGUGUGUGUGUGUGUGUGUGUGUGUGUGUGCAGAUUGAGUUGUUGGACACAGUGGCUCUGAACCUCCACAGGAUAGACAAGGAUGUCCAGCGUUGUGACCGUAACUACUACUACUUUACGACCGCUAACCUGGAGAAACUACGCAACAUAAUGUGCAGGUAAACACACAUGCAACGCGCACACACACACACACAACACACACACAUAUACACACACACUUUUAUUUUUUCUCUCUCUCUCUCAUUCAUUCAUUAUUUCAUGCUUUUUUCAUGUCUCCUCUCCCCCCCCCCUUCUUCCCCCUCCUGUACCAGCUAUGUGUGGGACCACCUGGAGAUGGGUUAUGUCCAGGGGAUGUGUGAUCUGCUGGCCCCUCUUAUGGUCAUCCUGGACGAUGGUAGGAACCUCAGACACCAUGGUUGCCUCCUAAGUGGCCCUAUGGGCUCUGGUCAAAAGUAGUGUACUUUUGGGUGUCAUUUGUGGUCCCUCUGUAGCUCAAUUGGUAGAGCACGGCGCUUGUAACGCCAGGGUAGUGGGUUCGAUCCCCGGGACCACCCAUACACAAAAAUGUAUACACGCAUGACUGUAAGUCGCUUUGGAUAAAAGCGUCUGCUAAAUGGCAUAUUAUUAUUAUUAUUAUUUGGGAUGAAGCCCAUUAGCCGUUAGCUGUUAGCCGUUAUCUGUUAGCUGUUAGCUAGCUAUUACCUAGCAAUUAGCAAUGAUCCAUUAGGAGUUAUAGCCAUUUGUAAUGAGCUUUUAGCCGUUAGCCGCUAGCUGUUGCAUUACACAGUGAUCAGAGAGUGAAGGGAAAUGUAUGGGCCUAAUCCUUGGCCACAAUAGACGGACAGAAGGACAGCCUCCCCAAGAGCAUUUGUUGACGUUUCUCCCUUCUCUCUCUCUCUCUCCCUCUCUCUCUCUCUCUCCUCUUUCUCUCUCUCUCUCUCUAUCUAUCUCUCUCUCUCUAUAUAUAUAUAUCUCUCUAUCUCUUUAUCUCUCUCUCUCUCUCUCUCUCUCUCUCUCUCUCUCUCUCUAUGUAUCUCUCUCUCUCUCUCUAUCUCUCUCUCUAUCUCUUUCUCUCUCUCUCUCUCUCUCUCUCCCCCCCUCCCUCCCUCCAUCAGAGUGUCUGGCGUACAGCUGUUUCACCCAGCUGAUGAAGAGGAUGAGCCAGAACUUCCCCAACGGCGGAGCCAUGGACACACACUUCACCAACAUGAGGUCCCUCAUACAGGUGGGGUGUGUGCAUGUGUGUGGUGUGUACACAGAUGUGUGUGUUGAAAUGAUUCUAACAUGACCCCUGACCUCUGGCAUGGUCUCUGUUUGAUGAUGUCAUCAGAUCCUGGACUCUGAGCUGUUUGAGCUGAUGCAUCAGAAUGGAGACUACACCCACUUCUAUUUCUGUUACCGCUGGUUCCUGCUGGACUUCAAAAGAGGUACAAUAUUUUACAUUUACAUUUUAGUCAUUUAGCAGACGCUCUUAUCCAGAGCGACUUACAGUUAUUGAGUGCAUACAUUUUUCAUACUGGCCCCCCGUGGGAAUCGAACCCACAACCCUGGCGUUGCAAGCGCCAUGCUCUACCAACUGAGCUACAGGAGGCCCAUAAUCCUGUGAUGCUCAAACUACACAAUUUUUAUACAUGUCAUAAGAUUUCUUAGGGGUAUGUUGAAACUUUACUUAGACAGUUAUGAAAGAGAGGCGAUACAGGCAGGUGGGAUAAACAGUGGGAAGGGUGUAAUGCUGGGAUUGAACCCUGGUCUUCAGUAGGGAGCUUUAUGUGACGUGCCAGGAGUGUUACCAACCAUGGCUCUGUCUUCAGUAGGGAGCUUUAUGUGACGUGCCAGGAGUGUUCCCAACCAUGGCUCUGUCUUCAGUAGGGAGCUUUAUGUGACGUGCCAGGAGUGUUACCAACCAUGGCUCUGUCUUCAGUAGGGAGCUUUAUGUGACGUGUACCAGGAGUGUUACCAACCAUGGUCUUGUCUUCAGUAGGGAGCGUUAUGUGACGUGUACCAGGAGUGUUACCAACCAUGGCUCUGUCUUCAGUAGGGAGCGUUAUGUGACAUGUACCAGGAGUGUUACCAACCAUGGCUCUGUCUUCAGUAGGGAGCUUUAUGUGACGUGUACCAGGAGUGUUACCAACCAUGGCUCUGUCUUCAGUAGGGAGCGUUAUGUGACGUGUACCAGGAGUGUUACCAACCAUGGCUCUGUCUUCAGUAGGGAGCGUUAUGUGACGUGUACCAGGAGUGUUACCAACCAUGGCUCUGCACAGUAACUCAACUCUUUAUUUUUUUGUGUGUGGCACCUAGAAGUGGGACCAUAGUACACUGGAUUUCUGUAUGACAUUUCAGAUUAAAAUUGAAAUACUUAAACUAAACUAAAAUCAAAUUGUAUUUGUCACAUGCUUGGUAAACAACAGGUGUAGACUAACAGUGAAAUGCUGACUAACGGUCCUUUUCCAACAAUGUAGAGAGAAAGAACAUAGAGAAAUCAUAGAAAAGUAAAACACUCAAUAAUAAAAGUGUGUGUGUGUGUAUCUUCUCUGUGUGUGUGUGUGUGUGUGUGUGUGUGUGUGUGUGUGUGUGUGUGUGUAUGUAUAUAUCUCCUCUGUGUGUGUGUCUCCCCUCCAGAGAUGCUGUACCAGGAUGUGUUCUCAGUAUGGGAGGUGAUCUGGGUGGCCCCCCGUAUCUCCUCUCAGCACUUCGUCCUGUUCCUGGCCCUGGCUCUGAUAAAG